UGGAGAUGUUUAUGUUGUCCGCCAAGAUGGCGGACGAGAUAGCUCAGUUGAUUGAAAAGAAGUGUCUGUUUAGUUCGGUAGAAGGGUAGCCCAGGCUGUCUGGAACGAUUACAGAGCAAAAGACACUAGGAGUGGUUAUAUACACGUCAUGUUCUUGUUUAAGAAGGAAGAACAAUGUCACCCUUUUCAAGUUCUCCUGAGUUGCCCAUACUCAGCUGCCGCUUCAACAAGGUCAACAGGGAAACCAACAUUGUAUGAUGUCCUUGGUGUGUCAGAAAAGGCUACGCUUGGAGAAAUAAGAGAUGCUUUCAUUGCAAAAUCUAAAGAGUCACACCCAGACAAGAAUCCAAAUAAGCCAGAACUCCAUGAAAGAUUUGUGCAGAUCAACAAUGCAUACGGUGUAUUGAGCAAUGCAAGCCAACGGCGUGAAUAUGAUUUAAAACUAAAAUCCCCAUCAGUUACCAGGCCUCCAGCAGGAAGCCCAUUUGGUCCAGUACCACCCCACCGGCAAUCUACUCAACAAUAUUAUUAUGACAGAGCCACAAGUCAGUCCAACUACAGACAAAGAAGAGAUUUUGACUUUGUGUACCCAGCUGCCAACUCAUCUAGGAGACAAACUUCUAAUAGGAAGAUUGUUCUUGGUGCACUGGCUUUCAUGUUAAUUGGAGGAGCAGUGGAGUACUUUAUUAUAAGUUCACGUCACAGCAAAUACAAGGCUCAUGCUGAAGAGUUAAGUAGACGAAACCAACAGAUUUAUGCUGAAGUGAGAGAGAGAGCAAGAACGAAUGGUCUUAGAAAGCAACUUGAAAUUCUUGUUUCUCAACAUACUGGACUGGAUGGAGUAGCUGCUGCUAAAAGACUUCAGGAGUAUUUUGACCAGGAUGGAAGGGAUUGACUGAUAAUUUCACCCCAUUACUCUCAUGAGUGACCAAAAGAGAAUUUCCCCUUACAAUAUCAAUACAAUAUCAAGCACAUAAGUGAUAAGAAUAAAGAAAAAUAUCAAGUAGGGGGUUAUUAG